GUACUGUCCUAGCACCCUUUGUAUUCAGCAGAAAUGUACCAGUUUCUGUUUUGCAGUGUUUCUGUGCAGAGGCUCUGAAUUUAAACCUAAGCCACUGAGAGCCACUAAUGGAUAAAACCAGGACAAACUAAUAACUUUGACUCUUAGAACAGCGAAAUCAGCAGAUUCUAACACCUCUUCUACUUGGUUGGUCAUUUGAAGAUGCCCUGUCUGCCUCCAUUAACACAGUAAUAAAGAAGAGGAAACCUAACCAAUUACUGUGGAGAAAUAUGAAAGAAGAUGGAAAGAACUUGUUUAAUGAGUGCUGCCAGCUGCUGUGACAGUGGGCUCGCCAUGGGAGAGCUUGUGCACUUGAGCAAGUCGCUAUGUGUGUCAGGUGGUUGAGGGAGUGGCGACUGAGCUGAGACAUGGAUAGAUGCAAACAUGUAGGGCGGUUACGGCUGGCGCAGGACCACUCCAUCCUGAACCCCCAGAAGUGGCGCUGCCUGGAGUGCGCCACCACCGAGUCGGUGUGGGCCUGCCUCAAGUGCUCGCACGUGGCCUGCGGCCGCUACAUCGAAGAUCACGCCCGGGAGCACUUCGUGGAAACCGGACACCCGCUGGCCAUGGAAGUCCGGGAUCUCUACGUGUUCUGCUACCUGUGCCAGGACUACGUGCUCAAUGACAACCCCGAGGGGGACCUGAAGCUGCUGCGAAGCUCGCUGCUGGCAGUGCGCGGCCAGCAGCAGGACCAGCCGGUGCGGCGCGGGCGCACUCUGCGCUCCACGGCCACGGCCCCGGGCGAGGAUGCUGCCCCGCCACCGCGCACGCCCCGGGGGCAGCCACAGAUGCUUGCAGCGUUGUGGCACCGGCGCCAGCGCCUGCUGGCCAGGACCCUGCGGCUGUGGUUCGAGCGCAGCUCACGGGGCCGCGCGAAGCUGGAGCAGCGGCGGCGCGAGGAGGCGCGGGAGCGCAGCAGGGAGGCGGCGCAGGCGCGGCGGCGCGAGGAGAAGCGACGGCUCCUGGAGGAACUGGCGAGCGCGCCCCCGCGCAAGAGUGCGCGCCUGCUGCUGCACGCGCCGCGCCCCGCCGCGCCCGCACCCCCUGCACCCGCCGUGCUCAAGCCACGCCGCCAGCCAGCCACGGCCCCGGGAGUCACGGGCCUGCGCAACCUGGGCAACACCUGCUACAUGAACUCCAUCCUGCAGGUGCUCAGCCACCUCCGCAAGUUCCGGGAGUGCUUCCUGAACCUCGACCCCUGCACCACUGAGCACUUGUUCGCCCAGGCUGCGCACCGCAAGGCUCGGCUCUCAGCCCCGGAGCCGCAGGCCCGGAGCGACAGAGCUGAGGCGUGCAGGCGCGACGGCCUCUGCUGGAACGGAGGGGUCUCUCUCAGUCGGAGCCUGGAGCUCAUCCAGAACAAGGAGCCCAACUCCAAGCACAUCUCGCUCUGCCACGAGCUGCACACGCUCUUCCGAGUCAUGUGGUCCGGGCGGUGGGCCCUGGUGUCGCCCUUCGCCAUGCUGCACUCCGUGUGGAGCCUGAUCCCUGCCUUCCGCGGCUACGACCAGCAGGACGCGCAGGAGUUUCUGUGCGAGCUGCUGCACAAGGUGCAGCAGGAGCUUGAGGCUGAGGGCUCCACACGCCGGAUCCUCAUCCCUUUCUCCCAAAGGAAACUCACGAAGCAGGUCUUAAAGGUGGUAAACACCAUCUUCCACGGGCAGCUGCUCAGCCAGGUCACGUGUAUAUCGUGCAAUUACAAAUCUAACACCAUUGAGCCCUUUUGGGAUCUGUCCUUGGAAUUCCCUGAACGCUAUCACUGCAUAGAGAAGGGAUUUGUCCCUUUGAAUCAGACAGAGUGCCUGCUUACUGAGAUGCUGGCCAAGUUCACCGAGACAGAGGCCCUGGAAGGGAGAAUCUAUGCUUGCGACCAGUGUAACAUACCGGGGAUCAAACUCAGGACCUUGAGCUUGCAAGGCAAGCGGCGAAAAUCCAACCCCAAACCCCUUGUUCUGAGCGAAGCUAGAAAACAGUUAAUGAUCUACACACUACCUCAGGUCCUCCGGCUGCACCUUAAGAGAUUCAGGUGGUCUGGCCGUAAUCACCGCGAGAAGAUUGGGGUCCAUGUCGCCUUUGAGCAGGUAUUAACCAUGGAACCUUACUGCUGCAGGGACAUGCUCUCCUCUCUUGACAAAGAGACCUUUGCCUAUGAUCUCUCCGCAGUGGUCAUGCAUCACGGGAAAGGGUUUGGCUCAGGACACUACACAGCCUAUUGCUACAACACAGAGGGAGGUUUUUGGGUCCACUGCAAUGACUCAAAGCUGAAUGUAUGCAGUGUCGAGGAGGUGUGCAAAACCCAGGCCUACAUACUUUUUUACACUCAAAGAACAGUGCAGGGCAAUGCAAGAAUCUCAGAAACCCAACUCCGAGCUCAGGUGCAGUCGAGCAACAAGGAUGAAGGCCGACCUCAGAGCCUCCCCUGAUCUGAGGCAGCAUCACAGACUGGCUGGCUGUCCUUCUGCUGGUGUCCAUUCAUCUGUGCUUGCAUAGGGCAGAAGGGUUACUGCAGGAAGAUUGCUAGGUUUGCUUCACUGGGUCUAGCGUAGAAGGUGCCAAGUGACUCAUGUCCUGCCAUAACAUUCGUAGUCACUUGCUUUUGAAUGCUUUUGGAAAUGUCCUCCUUUCAUGAAACAAAAGGAGUGACUUCUAUGAAGAGCAUUUCACCUGAAUAGAGAGGGACCCGGGUGGAGGAAAGAGGGGUAAGUUGAUCGUCCAGCUGAGAGGGCGGCAGGGCUUAAGUGUCCAGCUGCUGAGGCUCUGCUUGCAGCUUGGGAGGAACACUCCCGAGGUGGGGCCAGCAGGCAGGGUGUUGGAGGGGUUCGGUUCCAAGGUGGGAGGUAAAGUCUAAGGGUUUAUUCCCACAAAGGAAGUAUCCUUCAAGGGUUGAGAAUUUGCAGAGUGAUUCUCUUAGGGGCUAGCAGUCGAGUGGAGUGAGAGGUGCGGAGUGAGGGUUUUUGCAUGUCACGCUGCCUGCUGCUGCUAUCGAUUGCUCCACACUUGUGAUAAUUCAUAGAAGGAAGUGAAGGGCUAGAGUGUGUUCUCUGUUGCACACUGACCCAGAAGUCACCGGUGGCUGUCUCAGUUCUGCAGUGGCUCCCUGGCUCAGGUCUACGGGAGGCUUGAGGUCACAUUUACACUUGACUGGAGGUGGGCUGUCAGAAGCUUUUGGAGAGUGCAGAGGGUGGGCUGGCCCCUCCCUGUGCCUACACCCAUUCCCACCUUGUGUGGUGUGCAUGCACAGCCUCCUCUCUGGCCCAGCAGCUCCUGCGUGCACCUGAGAGUGAGAACAUUGGUGCUGUAAGGUUUGGGAGUUUUGCUUCCCAAGGCCAUGGGAAUCACUUAGGAAUCCACCUGUAGGUGUCCAGCUCAUUGUUAAUGGCCCUGGCCGGUUUCCUUCCCAAACCUCUUCCCUACUGUGCUUGGCCCACCUGUCCUCAGUGCCUCAGAAAAAAAAGCAAGACUGCCCACCCAGUACUCCAGUGCUAGCAAAAUACACUCUUCUCUUUAAAUCGGGCCCAAUUUGAAUGGAGCAAGGUUGCCUAGAUGAAACCUUCCUGGCCAUCAGGCACCAGCCUCCUUACUCGGCCUCGCUGGGGACAGGGAGACUGGCCCGACCAUCAUUGCAGUUCGCUGCAGCAAGCCCAGCCGCCCUCGGAACACUCAUCUUGAUGGAGGGUAUCAUGUUAAUGUCUGAAUUCUGGUGGAGCCACCAAUGACGCAUGAAGGAGACAGGUGUGGAAGGGAGCUCGCGGGGGUGGGAAGUGGGGAAGUGAGGCUAGCAAACAAGGGUUAUAGCUUUGGCAGUGCUAAUGAGCCGCAUUUCCCUAACAGAUCGUAGCAUUUGCUGUUGACUUCUUUUGCGAUGAACUCUACCAUGGGACCUACCAGACAGCACUGAGGCAUGGAGGAAAUUCAGACAGAAAAUGGCUCACCCUGAUAGGGAAGGAGUGACUGUUUUAAAUUAAACUUGCUUUCUCCAACACUGUGAGGUUUCUGUAAUACUAGCUUUUAUUUGGAAGCGACAGCGUAUGGCAUUUUUAUGCUGCUGGGUUUAUACUGUCCAGUGCAGGCUUCUUUGUGUAAGUGCUGCCUGGGCUUGCCCUCUCCUGGACACUGUUUUAAAGUGUCACAGCUGCUGCGCUGCCAGAGGCCUGGUGUGAAGCUACACCCGCAAGGUCCACGUCUGUAAGUUGGUGCGGCUGGUGUGCUUUCAGGAAGGCCCAUGAACAUGAAAGGAGAGCGGACAGGAAACCGCAAAUCGUGCCUCAUUGCAAAUCCAGUGUUUAUUCUAGAAAGAGAACCUACAAGAUAGAGAAGAACCAAUUGAGCUUCUGCCUCCAUCUGCCCAGGGGGAAACAGUAUCAUAAAAA